AUGCCCUACGCGAUAAAUCCAGUAGUUAGCCCUGCCCUAAACAUGGAGGAACCUAUUGGCGACAAUGCUGACCGGGAUAUAGCUGUCGAAAAGCUAGGCCCCCUCGGCGACCGUGUGUCCAUCCGAGCUCUCUUGAACGGUGGCACAGACACAUUCACGGAGACCUUCAAUCUUCCGCCCUGCGACGAUCGACAAAGAGGGCUGCAGUUCCAUCAGCAAAAAGAAGAAGGAGAAGAUGAAGAGAACGAUGCCAUUGAGACGAAGUCGGAAGAUGGAAGCCCACAUACUUUCGACUUUUCCGUGAUGUUCCAAACCCCUAUGGGCAUUGACGAUCAGUAUCUAGACUUCUGGACAGGGCCGUUUGGAUCGGUUCAAUCCCCCUCAUAUAAUGAUUUGCAACUGGAAGUUUACGAUUCGUCAAUGAUAUCGCCAGAAGCUCAGAUUGGCUCCACACCCUCCAGCUCGACUCAACCGCCUUCGGAUCAGGCGCAGUAUGUCUCAGCACUGAACAUGGCAAUUUACAAUAAGCUAUGGUGCCUGGCGUUGGAUGGAAAAUCUCGUCAGGAACUGACUGCGAGCCUAAAUUUCCUCUUAACCUCAGAGAGGAUCCGCAAGUUCAUCUCGCUUUAUUUCCGUAAUUGGCACCUGAAUUGUCCCAUCAUUCACCGCCCAUCAUUCGAUCCCGCCAAACUCCCGGUUGGUUUGGUCAUCAGCGUGGUCUUUAUAGGGGCCUUGUAUUCUAAAGAUCAAACCGAGAGGCUCGCUGCAAAGAAGUUGGUUGAUGCUGCGGAGUUGGUGGUCUUCGAUUCAGAAAUUUUCUCCUUUGAGAUUGAAGUCACCCGAUCCAUACAAGGCGAUUCUAUGGCAACAAUGUCGGAUUCUCCUCAACAAGAUCGUGACUGGGAGAUUUUCCAAGAGCUACAGGCUGGUUACCUGAUGGUCGUUGCCCAGUAUUGGGGCGGUUCAAGGGGGUCUAAACGACGAGCAAUGCAAUCUCGGCUCGGAGACGUCAUCAAUGUCGCUCGGAGUAUGCAACUGCACCAUGCUCGUCAUCUGCCGUCCGAUCGCAUAUCAGAGGUUGCUUGGCUACAAAAAGAGACGAAAAUCCGAACUAUAUCAGUCAUUGCAUUGCUUGAUUGUGCCAUGAGAAUCUAUUCAAACUACCCCUGCCGCAUAACUCUCGCCGAACUCGACAAUGACCUUCCCUGCAAAGAAGCCAUUUUCAGCUCACGGCACCCUUUCAUGCAGGACGAUUCUAUUUUUGCGCCACGACUAACAAUGUCUCAAGCCUUCGCUCUCCUUUUUGAUGGAAAAGCAAAGGGCGCCGAUUCAACAACUGCUUCCCAGGCAGAUCUGUCGGAAAUCGGAGCGUCCUCGGGGGAGACAGAAGGCAGUUGCGAUCUUACUAUAUUCGAUUUGUUCAUUCUCAUCCACUUUCUGUAUACUUACGUACACUCAUGCGUAAUGACAAUGUCACUCAACCUGCCCACCACGAACUUUGGUCGCCGUAUCAAUGGGCCGAAGCCUUCCAGUUCCGCUAUGGGCCCAAUGGCCCAAGAAAUCAAGGGCGCCUUGGAGAGAUGGCGACAACUAUGGGAAGCUAUCCGCUCACAGACUUCAGACAAAUCUCUGAAAGCUGAAGGCAUGUACAGAAAUGCUUUUCACUUCUGGAUUGUCCUUCAAUUCAUCAUGGCCAAGGAGGAAGCGGUCGAUGUUAUCACUAGCAUGGAGGUGAACUGCGAUGACGCAUUGACCAAGCUCAAAGUCCUCUUUCAGAACGACAAUGAGCAAGAAGGAUGA